AUGGACGCACAAGGCAUUGUUGAUCCCUCAUUUCAAUGUGUUCCCUUCAGUUUCCAGCUGUUGGAGCUAGAAAAGGCUGCUGUCAUGCAGGCCAGAGUGAAAAAAGAACGAGAGCUACAUCCGCAGCGGUUUGUUCGCCCCAAUUGCGGUUACCAGAGAAAGUACCAGCGAAGCAAGUACAAUGAUCAGGGUAACUAUUCCAACUACAAUAACUGCAAUUCAAAUGCCAACGUCAAUCCCAAUGGUGGCAGCAAUGGUUACAACGAUUAUAAUGGCUACAACAACUACAAUAGCUACAACAAUAACUGCAACAAUAACUACAACAACUACAACUCCCAGAAUUCCCAAUUUCAGUAUCAGUAUCAACCCCAACAGCCUCAGCAAUCUCAGCAACCUCAACAACCUCAACAACCUCAGCAGCCUCAGCAAUCUGUUACCUCUUCUGGCCAGCCAAAUCUGUUGAGAUAUCAGGCCCCUCUUAGAAACUACUCUCAGGUUUACAACCAAUUACCAUCCACCCAGAAUUCCUCGGCCGAGGAACCAAUCUCGUUUCAACGUCAAUUACAGUCCAUUUUGAGAGCUGCCACCCCUACUGGAAUCAGUGCUACUGCCGUGUCUGGAUCUUCGUCGUUGUCAAAUUCCAAUAGUUCGUCAAAUAUCUGGGGUACUGGUUCUCAGUUGUUGAACUAUAAUGGUGGUAACUCGUUGAUCAACGGCUCCAUAAAUAAUCUCUUUGCUAAGACUGAUUCCACUGCCAACAAUGAUUCAACAUGGUCUGCUGGUCUCUACUAA